CGAAAAUGAUGUUCGUGGACAAAUAAUUACGCCCUGGACUGUUGAAGGAGCCGUUGUAGAUGGUCAGGCUCAAGCAAUUGAUUACGAUAAACUGAUCGAACAGUUUGGGACGAAACACAUUGAUGAAGAACUCUUGAAAAGAUUUGAGGCCCUAACUGGGAAAAAAUGUCAUGUACUUCUGAGAAGAGGGAUUUUCUUUUCUCACAGAGAACUCGAAAAAAUUUUGGAUCGAUAUGAGCAAAAGAAACCGUUUUUUCUUUACACGGGACGCGGGCCUAGUAGCACUAGCAUGCAUUUAGGACAUAUGAUUCCUUUUGUAUUUUGCCAGUGGUUGCAAGAAGUUUUCGACGUGCCAAUCGUAAUUCAGUUGACAGAUGAUGAAAAAUUCCUCUUCAAAUCAGAGCUCACUUUAGAAAAAGUACGUGAAUUUUCAAAAGAAAACGCCAAGGACAUUAUUGCAUGCGGUUUUAAACUGGAAAAGACGUUUAUAUUUUCUAAUCUCGAUUAUGUCGGAAAAGAAUUCUAUCACAACAUUGUAAGAAUCUCAAAGUGUAUCACAGCUAGUCAAUCAAAGGCCACAUUUGGAUUCAACGACAGUGAUUGCAUAGGAAAAAUUCAUUUCGUUGCUAUACAAGCAGCACCAUCAUUUUCCAAUAGCUUCCCCCAAAUAUUUGGUAGCCGAUCAGAUAUUCCUUGUUUGAUUCCAUGCGCAAUUGAUCAAGACCCAUAUUUUAGAUUGACGCGCGAUGUCGCACAUAGACUCAAAUAUCCCAAACCAUGUCUAAUUCAUGCUAAAUUUUUCCCUGCUCUCCAAGGCCCUCAAACAAAAAUGAGCGCGUCAGUGGAUAACUCCGCGAUCUUCAUGUCGGAUACCGCAAAUCAAAUAAAGAAGAAGAUUAACAAGUAUGCCUAUUCGGGUGGUGGUGACACUAUAGAGCUACAUAGAUUAAAUGGAGGAAAUCCGGAAGUUGAUGUUGCGUUUCAGUAUCUGUUCGUAUUCCUUGAUGAUGACGAGGAAUUGAAUAGAAUACGCCAGGAAUAUAAAUCUGGAAAACUUUUGACUGGAGAAUUAAAAGCAAGAUGUAUCAAUGUAUUACAAGAAUUCGUUGGUGGUUUUCAAAAGCGUAAAUCUGAGAUAACCGAUGAAAUCCUAAACCAAUUUAUGGAUGCCAAUAGGAAAAUCUCAGCAUGA